AUGAAGUGCAUCGCAGCUGUAGUCAUGAUGGCCCUGGCAGCUGUCGCCGACGCUGGACUCGCCCCGCUGCUGUACGGAGCACCGCUAGCCCUGGCGGCCCCGCACACUACGGUGGUGCAGAGUAACUCGGAUGCGAAGUUUAUUGCCGCGGCUCCCGCAUACGCCUAUGCCCAUGCACCGCUGGCAUACGCACCGGCUGCUCCGUACUAUUACACCGCUCCACUGGCCUACAGUGCACCGGCGAUCGUUUAUCAGAAGGAGGCCCGCUAUCUGGCCGCCAACCGAGGAGCGAUCCAUGAGGCCCCCCUGCCAGGCCAUGCUUUCUCUCAGCAGCAACUCAACCUGGAAGCUGCGCCAGGUUCGGACUAA